CGCUAAACCCAAUUCUACUUUAACUAAAAUUAAAACAAACCCAUUUUCAUUUCAUUCUUGUGAAGUUAUCAAUGAAGGUGUUGCAAGUUGGAGUAUUGUCAAUAUGGCUAUCUGGGUUCAUCUUCAUUGCUCUCUCCUUUUAUGCUACUCGUAAGUUACCCAGCUUCAAUGAUGAUCGAAUCAGCCAUCACCUAUUUAAUCACAGCGCUCCUAAAAUUGCAAUAUUCAGUGCACCUGCCCCCUUUACCGGUUCUGUUGGAUCCAGGCAGAGUCUAGCUAUUCGGUCUUGGCUUGGUUUGUCACCGCAAAUAACGGUUCUUCUCUUCACCCAACACCCUUCUGCAUUUGCUUUUGCUAGGGACUUCGGUUCUCGACUAAUGGUGGAACCCAAUAUCGAUUUCACGUAA